AUGCUAUUGUCACAGACAUUCAGCCUGCUUCGUCAGGGUCUUGGAUGGUUCGCGGAGGGUUGUUAUCUGCCGGCUUGGAAAGGCAGGAGUGUCCGGUCCAAUAUUCAAGUCAUCGCGAUCCCUACACUUGUUACUAAAGUGAUGGCUAGAAUGGCUUCAGCGGAUAUAAUGUGUGUUGGUCCCAAGUCUGUAAGAGAAAAGUUCACAGGCAUUAUUAGGCAACAAGAUGUCAGAGCCACCGAGAUCGACAAAGUAGAUAUGCAUGCGUCAUUUCGGCCGGGUGACACUGUUAGAGCUUUAGUACUCUCCCUUGGCGAUGCACGGGCAUAUUAUCUAUCAACUGCAAAAAAUGAGUUGGGUGUUGUAUCUGCAGAAAGUGCAGCAGAACUCUUGCCUGCGGUUGUCUUGAUGUCUUUUGGGCCCCAAAUGAAUUUUGGUCUCCAUGUUUUCUGCUAUAACCUGUGGAAAACACCUGAAAAUUAUGAGAAUGUUUUAUGUUUAGAGUUGUUUUCAUUGUGGAACAGAAUCACAAGGAAUUGCAUGCAAUACCUCUCAUCAGGUAUUUGUUGUAAUGUACAUUGCGAAGAUUUGUUUGCUGUCUCCAAAGAAAUUGAUCAUUAUGCCUCCUAA